UCAAUUCAAAUGUCAAUUUCUCAAAAGGACUUACAGAAAGUGGCUGCCAUUCUCAAAAGUAGCCCAAAAGUCAUCUUUAUGGUGGGUGCUGGUAUAUCAACUGGGGCAGGUAUUCCAGAUUUCAGAUCUCCAAAGACAGGACUUUACCACAAUUUACAAUCACUAGACUUACCAUAUGCUGAAGCUGUUUUCGAUAUCUCCUUCUUCAAAUCUAAUCCAAAACCCUUUUAUACAUUGGCUAAGGAGUUAUAUCCUGGUCAAUAUGUCCCUACAAAGUUCCAUUUCUUUAUGAAGCUGUUACAAGAUAAGAAGUUGCUUCAUAGAGUGUAUACCCAAAACAUUGACACAUUGGAAAGAGUGGCGGGCGUUGAAGCUGACUAUAUAGUGGAGGCUCAUGGAAGUUUUGCUGAAAAUCAUUGCAUCAAGUGUCAUAAAGAAUUCUCUGGUGAUGAUUUUAAAAAAGAUGUGUUUGAUAAAAAAAUACCAAGAUGUAAAAGUUGUAAAGGGUUGGUGAAACCUGAUAUUGUGUUUUUUGGUGAAGGUUUGCCUGAAAGGUUCUUCAAUCAAUGGGAGGAAGAUUUGGAGGAUUUAGAGAGUGCUAAGGAUGGAGAAUUUUUAACAAUUACAGCUGGUACUUCAUUGACCGUGUAUCCAUUUGCUUCAUUGCCUUCUGAAGUUCCUAAGAAUCAGAAAAGAGUAUUGGUGAAUAAAGAACGUGUUGGAGAUUUUAAAUCCAAGAGGGAAAAUGAUGUGGUGUUUUUAGAUGAUAGUGAUGAAUUUGUUGAAUCUUUAUGUGAUCUGUUAGGUUGGAGAAAAGAACUCGAUAGUCUGAUUGCAAAAGGUACUAAGGAUAUCAAAGGAAUAAAACAUGAAACUGCAGAAGAGAAAGCUAAAGAGAUUACAGAAGAUGUCAAAGAAGAAUUGGAAGAGGAAGCAAAAGAAGAUGAAAAGAAUCUACAAGAUCUUACAAAGGAUUUGGGUACUCUAAAUUUAGAAAAAUCAAGAGAUCCUACUUCCAAAAGUAUAUAA